AAGCCGUGGGCUGGUGACAACUCUACGGCUGAUGUCGCUGACGGCAGGCUUUCUCCUGCUUUUGCUGCUGGUGUCCCAUGGCUGCCAGCUUUGAUCCCACAACCUCGACUCUCCAUGGGAAGUGCUCGGAACUUGUUCGUUUCCUUCUUUGGGCCCGUGCAGCCGGACGUGCACUCUGUUCAGCCAUCGCCAACCUUUAUCAUUCAGAGAUCUUGGAACACUACUAUUUCUCACGAUAAGUAGCUGCUAGUCAGCUGCUAGUCGAUGCAGUUUGAUUUCACCGUAGCCUUACUUGGGACCUUGACAGGCAAACGGAUGAUGUGGAAUGGCGGGACUGCUCCGUUUCAGUAGUUCCUGUGCAAUCACUGGUGCAUCCGAAGGGCUGGGGGCGGUUGUCGCCCUGCACUUGGCGAAAGCCGGUGCCAAGAAGUUGAUCCUGGGUGCACGGCGUAUGGAGAAGCUCUUGAAGGUAAAGGAAGAUGUGGUGAAACAAAGCCCAUCAGUGGAUGUAAUUUUGGUGAAGUUGGAUGUAAGGGAUGCGGAGAGCCGGGCGAACUUUGUUCGUGAGGCCCGUGAGAAUUCCUGCAACGUCCUGGUGAACAACGCUGGCGUCGACAGGAAUGCGUUCUUUGAAAAGAUGAGCGAUGAUGAGGUUGAUUUGGUGAUGGAGACAAACCUCUUGAGUUGCGUAAAGCUGACCAGAAGCUUCCUCAACAUGAUGCUGGAAGCCAAGGGAGGGCAUAUUGUUAACAUGUGCUCCGUGGCGUCGCAGUUGCCCGUGCCCUUUGGUGCCAUCUAUGCCACUUCAAAGGCUGGGCUGCUGGGAUUCAGUGCUUCACUUCGAGCAGAGAUGAUCUAUGAGAAGAAGCCUGUCACCGUUCACUCCAUUUGUCCUGGACUGGUUGUAGAUGCUGGCAUGGCUUCUGACCGCGAAGAGCGACUAGGACUCACAAUCAGAGAAGCCGGGAGGUUGGUGGGUUGGACUACUCCAAAGAGGGUGGCUGAAGCAGUGAUUAUGGCUAUCGAAUAUAUCUGAGGAUGAGCCCGAUCUUAUAGCCGCUUGUCUUUAGUUUGUUUAACCACCCCAAUUGAACAAAAUCUGCAGCAGCCCAGACAGUACACUCCAACAACACUUAGCAGAAUGUGUACCCUCCCAAUGUGACUUUUGGCUUUGCUGUUCCAGUCCAAUGGGCGCAGGUGAAUUGUAUUCCAGCUGCUUGACAAGCAAAUGGGUGACGAAGACAACUGUGCAAAGAAAUACAAUUCAAUUUGUUGUUUCCUUCUCCUGAGAAGCAACAAUGAAUCUGGCUCCAUUGCCAAACCUACACAAAGUGCUGGAUUUCUGCAGAAUGCUUGGAUAAGAGCAGCCAUUGAUGCCGUAAUGCAGCCGC